AUGGAACCAAACACAGUAGUUGUAAUGCAAGAAGGUAUCUUGGAUAUUGCCAAAAAGUCAUCUUUACAUGGAUUGAAAUUCAAAACUUGUUAUGCUCGUUUAGUUCAUGGAGCAAUCUAUAUAUAUAAAACUCAACAUGAUGAUAAUUUUAAAUGUGUUGAUAUAGAAUUUGCAUUGCUUGAUACUAAUCAAAAUGCAACCACUAGACCAAAUACAUUUGCCGUUCGCAACUCUUCAAACAAAGUUAUAUACUUGUCAUCAAAUAGCAGUUCAGAAUUUACUCAAUGGAGUGAAAAGGUAAAGGAAUGUUUAGGUAAAAAGAAUAAUGCAGGUGCACCAAUAGUGGUUGGCAACGGAGAGGUUAAGCGUGAAGGUCGUACCGAUGUAUUGUUUAGAGCCAAGAAAAACAUUUCUGGCAAGAUUGCUGCUAGUGGUGUUGGCAAGAGUGGUCUCAAGAAACUGAUUCCCGAAGAGGGUCGAGACUUGAUUUCAUCGGUCAAAAAGAUUAUCAAGCGUGUCUCCAACGAAGAAAAGGCCAACGAGAUUGAAAAGAAUAUCAUCAAGAUCUUGGUCAAGGUCUUUUUCCAAAUCGAUAACAAGACCAUCGAGAUUCAAGAGUUUGCCAAGGUCGACAAGGCCUUGCGUGAGGCAUUCAACCAGUUGGACCGUGCCUUUAGAUUCUAUGGCGUCAAAAAGGGAACCGACCUCUUGCCCAUUUUCGACAAGUCGGCUGCCGCCCUCAAAGAGGCUGAGAACGAGGCUGUCACCCUCUUCUCGCCAUACCUCCGUCCACACAACCUCCAAAAGUUAAAGUCUACCUUUGCUUUCCUCGGGUCAGCAGACUUUUUCAUCAAGGUCUGGGAUGACAUGGAAAUCGAAGAUGACCUUUUCUUGUUGAUCAGUGCUCUCAACAAGUAUACACAAAUUGAAAUUAUUAAUUAA